GUAUAUCUAUGUGUUCUAGAAAACUAUUUCAAACCGGAAAGAAUCAGAAAACAGAUAGAAUUGAUCGAGGAGGAUUUUCACGUCAGCAGGGAAGAUUUCAUAGAUAGGGGACGAACUUGGCAAGAAAUUGAUGCUCUCCAUAAACGGUACCUCUCGAGUACCACUUUCACAAGUAAGAGCAUCACACUGGUAGUAAAGUGUUUGUUUUGUGGGAUUCUGUCAAGAAAUACUCUCUACUCAUGGUUCCAAGUUCCAGUUUACCCGGGAGAACUAUCUGAAUCGUUUGGGAUGAUUCUGCUCUUAUACUACAUGCCACCAGAAUUCGAUCAGCCCAUCUUCUCCAUAUACAUCCACAUACUGGGAAUUACUGUAUUUGUGAUUGUUUUCAUUGCGGCACACAUGGUGAUCAUCGUCUCAUUCCUCUCCAUUGCGAGGGUGUUGGUUGAAUUUGAUACAAUCUAUAUACUGAUCGAUAAUUUCAGAAAGGAAUUCGAUGAUAUUGAUGAGAGUGAAGACUUUAAAUGGAUGUUUCAGUUGAAGACAGACAUGGCAAGAAUAGUGAAAUGCCAUCAGCGCAUUAUAAGGAACAUCAGGACUUGUGACAAUAAUUCCCAAUUUUCGAUUUGUUGUAUGCAACUUGUUAUAAUGCUACCCAACUGUGUAGAUGCAUAUUUUAUUCUCACGGAGAGUGAGUUGAGAAAAGCUGUCCUUUCUGUGUUCAUGUUUUUCUUCACCAAUCUGGUUCUAUUCACAAUCUAUCAUAAUGGACAACAAAUCUUCAACCAGAAUGAUAGACUGCGAAAAUCACUACUGGAGGUUCCUUGGAUAGACAAACCCCGAUGGUUGAGACAGUCGAUGCAUAUUAUGCUGAUUCAGGCUAAUCGAGACGUUCAAAUUAAACCUUACGGCAUUUUUGUACUCAACUACAUGUCCUUCAAAGAUGUGAUGAAAUUCACCUUCUCAGUUGGAAACGUGUUAUAUACAAGGAAACAGCUAACUUAAUUACAGAUUUGGUGGAUGUAAACAUGUAAUUUGGAAAUACAUUGAGUUGGAAAUAUCGUUUA